GAAACACCGUAUCGCCGAAGAGUCGACGAUGUCCGACUCCAACCAUCGGUACGAGAAACGUGGAAGACUGUGGUCGGCAGGGAAGAUACACAAGGACAACAUGAGACUUCGACUUCAAAAAAGAGUCACAGCUAUCGCUGGAAUUCGGCUUCAUCACGUCGCCCCGAGCGACACUUGCUGUGGCCAGCAGGGGAUUCAACGGCGUGGCGUGAGGGGCGCAUGAAAGAGACGAAGACGACAGCAGAUGUGGUCUACAUUGCCGCCUUGUUACAGAAGACCAAGACCAAUACCACGUUCGCUGUCAAGAUCGACGUGUACUCUCUAGCCCGUCAUGUUGUGACCAAGUCGAAAUUUCCCUGCACCCCCACCCACCCGCCCCUGACUAGGUUGAUUCACUCGGAAGUCUCUAGUCGAGGAGAGGGCGUAGUCAAGACCGGAAGCGACCUUUAGUCUCAUUAUUCAAGACCUGCGUCCCCACUACUACAGCGCUUGGCACACAAUCGGGGUCGGCUAAAGGAAACGGGAGACAUAGAGAUUGACGUGGGUGCUGCGAUGGACAGCUCGCUCCGCCUACAAGUCCAACCAUGAAAGCUAACGCUUCUGCAUCGUAGAGUGUCAAGCGUUGCGUGCGUUUGGCCUGUGAUCUUGUGAUUUGCCAAGCCGAAUGAAUGUCACCACACACGCAGGGGGCAGAGUAGAUCGGGGAUGCAGAUAACAGGGUGUCUCUCCCGCCUUUCUGUGAGAUGGCGGGACUGUCCG